AUGUAUAUCAUUGCUGAACGACAUUAUCGUAAGUACCGAUUGAAAUCAAAAUCUAUCUAUGAUGCUUUUUCAAGAGUUGGAAAUUUUCAACGCACGGUGUAUGUGAGUGAUGUAAGAUGUAUAAAUGAGCUUCGGAUGGAUAGGUACACAUUUAACAAGUUGUGCUCCAUGACACGCACAUCUGGUAGACUGCGAGAUACAAGAAAUGUUUCUGUUGAUGAAAUGGUAGCUAUGUUCUUGAACAUACUUGCACACCAUAAAAAGAACAGAAUCAUACAAGACAAGUUUUUACGUUCAGGGGAAACUAUUAGCAGAUACUUCAAUGCAGUUUUAAAGGCAGUCUUAUGUCUACAAGGACAGUUAUUGAAAACACCAGAACCAGUGGCUGAGAACUCAACUGAUGAGAGGUGGAAGUUUUUAAGGUACAUAAAAACAUGA